AUGUCUGAUUCUCCAUCGUUGUCGUUAAAGGAAUGGUGUCCCAAACGAUAUAUUCUGCCACCACCUCUCGUAUUAUAUACUCCGUUCCAACUCCACCACAACACUCUCACCCACUUCUCACUAUUGAAGCUACUUGAUAAAAACAUGUCUUCCACCUCCAAGAGAGUGGAAACUGGAAGCAACCAGAAGGGCGCCGAGGAAGACGACUUAUUAUUAGGAGAGUUCGAGAAGAAAGGCUCUUUGUCUGUGACCAGACAGUUGUGCAUAAAACCGAGUCACAACUCAGAGAAACUGGAUAAGGAAGUGGUUCUGCGGCGAAUUCGUCACCGGAAGCGGAUGAAUAAGGUGCGAUCCGCAUUGGGAGGGUUCCUCUUCUCCACCGCCACAACCGAUGCAGCUGCUCAGGGAAAGAAGUGGGUGGAUGAUGCUUUUGCUGCCUUGUAA